AUACACUGUGGGCUACGAUGCUUGUUCAUUGGAAGGACCCUGAUGUAAUAGAGAGGAGCUCAAAUGCUUCACAGAGCAGAAACUCCGAUCGUGGCGGUCUUGGAGUCCACAAACAUCUAUCUGGAGGAAGAAUUAGGACGCCCUGUAUUACUUGGCGAAGUGUUUAUGCGAACACAUACUCGAGCUGACGGAUCAUUUGUUGAUCAAAAAGCUAAACAAGUAGCUGAGCACUAUGAGAAGACGUUAGAAGAGAAGCUGUCUGAAAUUGACGAUGAUGGUCCAGAAACUUCUUCUGAAAAUUCAACUCAACGUACUCUAAGCAUUGGUGUAAAGAAUGAGAUCUUUCUUAUGUGUACUGAAACAGAUGAAAAGGGCAACCCUUUUGGCUUGGGAUCACUUGUGGAGACACUGAAGAAAGGGAAAAGAAAACAAGCUUAUGAAAGCUCUUCUUCAUCAACAGUUUUGGAGCUUCAAGAACAACUUCGUCGCAACAUGGCUCAUCAUGAGGCUGAGAAUGCACGACGUGAAGAGGAGCACCGACAAACGCAAAUGCAGUUUCAAAAGCUUUUCCUCUACAUGAAAGGCAAAGAUCCAGAAUUUGCAUCUUUUCUGGUUUCUUCUCCAACUGUACCUGCAACCACAGCUGACACCACACCUGCAGCCACCGGACAACCAGCCACUGCACCAGCCACUGUGACAAGUACUGAGCCAGCUGCCGUGACAGGUUCUGCACGUGCCACCUCGUUUGGCACCACACCAGUCCCAUAACCCCAUUAUCUCACCUUCCUACUCAUAAACAUGAUAUGCUUAACUAUUUGGUGAACUUUUUGUUAUGAAAAAAUAGGAUGUUUAUUGUAUGAUUAGGAUGAUGGUUUCUUUGUUAAUUUAUGAUUAGGAUGAUAUUUAUUUUAA